GAAACGUAGCGGACGGACGAAAUUUCGUCCGAGAUUUGUCGUUAUCGUGGUAGUUUUGUCCAUAAACUUCAUCACAUGUCCUUCAUAACACGAGAUUUAAAGUUCUUUCUUUUCACAACAAUUUGGAACCAUAUCAAUCCUCACUUUUCGGUUUGGUUAUAUGCAAAUAUGAGAGAAAAAGGGAUUGGUGUCACAGUUUAAAAUAUUUCGCUCCAUCCGCCAAAGCUAUAAUGCUUUACACAGAAUUUUGUUCUCUCGAGAGGUGACGUAUCCUCAGUGUUUUACAUACGACAAUGAAGUUGGUUACAAUAUUUCUAAUAUCUCGGUCACGAGAUUGAAUAAACCUAUCGGUUACUUUUCUCUUGCUUCUUGUUAUUUCAGCACGGUUCCAGAUAUUAAGUAAUACUCAAGUGGUACUGGUCGAGCAACUUUUCCCGACUAAUUCUAGUCCGAUAAUUAUCUGUGGGUUUGUAUAUCUUAUAGUUGAGUGUAUUUAUCUCAGAACGGCAGGAUUUCUGGGACCAGCAGAGAUUGGAUUACCAGGCAUUAGGUUCACUCAUUGCAGUGUGAUAACGAUAAAGUGAUUAUUCCAGUACUAAGACAAGUCAAUUGUUUCAAGAAAUAAAUGUACAAACAAGUUAAUUAAUUCAUAACGCAGAAAUUGUGGGAUUACAGAAUUGUAAGAAAAAAAAAGAACGGUGAUGAUAAUAAGCGAGGUAGAGAUUAUUCACUGAUAUACGGUAAUGAUAACAGCAGGUAAAUUAUGAGACAUGGAUCAUACAUAACUGGUCCAAGAGGAAGAUGAUAAUUCGUGAGUGAGUGCAUGUUUGUCAAGUCUCAUUUUCAAGCUAUCUGCCGAGAGGGCUGUAGUUACUUCAUCUCGGAAAGCAUUCUUUGCACAUGCAUAUUACCGUGGUCUUUAUGUUAAUGUAAACAAAUUAUCAGUGGUUCGUAAACAUUGUUAUGUUAUGUUUACCAUCCUCAUAUUAAUAAUCCUCAUUGGUUUUCCUUAGCUGCUAGCUUGAGACAAAACUGUGAAGUCAUAAGUUAUUCCUUUGCUUUCAUAAAGAAACUUAAAGUGUAACAUUGUGAUUGAUAGUUUUGAAGUAUUAUUUCUGCUAUUUUUCAUCAAUUUUUUUAGCUUUAACACAUUACUUCCACAUACCUCCUUACUACUUGCUUGAUAAAAGCAAACUGCGAUUUAGAAGUCUUCUGAUUCAAAACGUAUAGGUUCCAAAUCAUAAAGAUGCGGAUGAGCUCACCUAUCUAUAUUAUUUUACGUUCUGUCAUAUAUUUUCUCAGUCUAAAAUUCAAUGUGUUAGUCUUGUUACAAUUUCAUGUUCGGAAUGGCGAUAUAAAUUUAGCUACGCCUUAUAUCUCAUUCUCUCCAAGACUGGCCACCUUUUGCGUAACCACAGAAUAGUCUAAUGUACGGUUCAAAAUCAAGAUUGAGAUUCUGUUUUCCUCAGUCUGAGCUGAAAACUACUCGAUUAAUUUACAUCAGACCCAUCUAUGAAAAUCCUUAGGUAAAGUAAGAUUUCCCCAUAGAUGGAUUUAAGAUCAAUACGGAUUAACUGACACAUUAUUUGGAUUUCUUAUGUAUACUUUGUUUUCUUUUCCCCUAAUAUCUUUACAAUACUUUUGAUGAUACUAAUAAAACAACAUUCGGGUUUUUCUGUUUACUUGGUUGUAACAUAUCCGUAACACGCUAGAAAUUGAUUUAAAAUCAUUCUUGCUCGAAAAUAGACCACAUUUAUCUGAAAAUAGGUUACUACCCAAAGAAGCAGCUUAUUCCUUUCUCAUUGGGAUAUUACACAUAUGUUAUUGUAUUUGGUCAUUGUGAAUUGUUCCUCCUUAUUCAAAUAUUUUGUCGAAUAACCAUAUGAAAUUGAGGGGAAAUUCGACUCUACUGAUCAAGAAGUUCUGUGGCAGUGUCCGUCUUUGAAAAAUGUACAGAAUAUAUACGUCAACCUUGUACAUACUCUCUACUCAAACAACACUGGUUGAGUCGGAGUGUGUGACAGACUUUCAAUAGAAUUAGUUACAUCAGGCUGUAUUCAUUAGCGUUGUCCACUUUACGCAUUUUCAUUUAACUCUGUCAUGGACAUUCUUAUGGAGGUAACGUUAUCAUUAUCUUACCUUUGAGAAAUUGAUCUACCAAGAAAUUCACUUGUUAACUUAAAACACCAAGAUGACGUAUUUUUGUUUGGCAACGUAAUGAAAAAACGUCAAAUCUUCUAUUCAUCGUGAAAAAUAAUGAAAAUAUGUUUUUGAUACGUUUUCAUCCCUCUUUAGGUAAAAUGUUGUUUGGGGGCUGAUCUACGUCAGCGCCUAAACUACUGAUAAGAUGUGAAGUAGUUGGGCGUGUUGUCCUCUUCACUUAUCUUGUAAGUGUCAUGAGCUCUAUUGUGUUGGUGUUUGACGAAAUCACGGCACGGAUUCAGAAGACCCGAUUGGCUUUUACCCACUUGCAUCACGUGUGGGGCAUGUGAGAUAUCCAUCCGCUAAAUAAGGAAUGAGUUUAUUGAGCGGCAGCUUGUUUAUUUCGACUUUAUGGAUGUAAAACGUGGCCAUUUGGGACAGAAUAUUUGUAGAUUAUUAGUAUUUGAUCAUAUAUAACUACGAAGUGUUGCUUACGUAUGUUGGGACCAAGUGAGCGAUGCAGAGGUAAGACGUAGGGAACUAAGUAUGGAUAAGAACUCGGUUAAUGAGGCAGAGAUAUUUUAUCGACUGAGGUAGUCGGCAUAUGUAUGACGUAUGCUCAACCACCGCAGAAAAUGCCUCCUGAAGUUGGUUAUUGUAGGGGUAUAUUAGAAGAAAUCUGUGUUCGUCCAAACAAAAACGUGGCAUCAGUCCAUGAAGUUAUUGUCAGUCGUACUGAGCCACGUCGAGACACAGACUAUUUGGUUGGUGCUCGCACAAUUAUCGUAAACAGUGGUUUAAAACGUUGUGUGUCAUAGGAAAUAAUCGAGUGGUGUAAGUGCAUCCACUCUUUGUCUUCUCUCCGACUGCAAGUUUCCGUGAAUUCAUUCUCGGAUCCUAUUGUCAAUGUUUGAUUUUUUUAUUGCUGACAUUUUCACUACUUUUAUUACUCUAGCAUUUGUCUUGUGAAUUUCAUGCCAUCGUACCGUUAUUUUAUGGUUAAUAACCUUAACAACCUUAGAUCCUCAUAUUGUUUGCUUACAGACUCUCCACAUAUCAAGGUUAUAACAAAUCUUGUGAAUAAUUUAGUUGCACAAACCCGUUUGUUAGUCUUCACAACACUCAUGAGUCUUAUAGUGUCGCCCAUGUAGAGUUCGAGUAAAGGCAACUAUUAUGUUGUGAUUUUAUGUAGAAUAUUUUAUUCAUUUCUUUUCCAAUAGACAUUUCAUUCUCUUUUUAAUCAGAUAAUGACUGGCACCUAUGUAACUGCACAAGCAAAAUUUACAAAGUUGAGAAAAAGACUUGAUCAACUAGGGUAUAAACAACCACUAGGUCUAGACAGCUUACCAUUAGUGGAACGUUUGUUUUAUGACCUUGUUUGGACAACGGAGAAUUUGAGAAAGGUUAGGAGUGAACUUUCUUCUCAAAUUCAAAUUCGAUCUACGGUUGAGGAUUAUAUUGCUCCAUACAAAGCAGAUAAUGGAAAGUUGAUACGCGAAAACAAUGAAAUUAAUCAUCAUUUAAUGGUCCUUCGUCAAGAUUAUGAAGAAAAUAUUCGAGGUUCUUAAAUACUACCCUAAAUAUACAAGUAGGUUUAAAAGGCGAAUGCAGAAGAUUAGAAAAUGAGAAUGAAGACAUGAAAUAUUUCAAUUCUCAAUGUCUUGAUAAAAUUCAUAAUUAUGAGCGGGAAGCUAAACGAAUGAUUGAGCAAAUAUUAUAUUUACAAGAGAAGAAUUUUCAGGCUGUAGUAUAUACACCGGAUGGUGGAAAAAAGCAAUUGCCAUUUAGACGUCAGAGAAUGGAUAUUGAUAGUUUGGCACCUCUUUCCAAGGAAGCUAAAACUUUAAAUAAUGAAAAUUACUGUUGCUCAAUAGCUCAAAUUUGGGAAAAAGCUAAUGUAAAAGGGAUACCUAAGACAUACAAUUUACUGGAAAUUGCAACUAAACGCUGUGAAGAACUAGAAAGUCAAUUGCAUAAUUUAGAAGAAGAAUUAGAAUUAAAUGAGAAAAAAGUUGAAAAUUUUCGUCAACAAGUUAUUCUAAGAGAUUCUGAAAUCGAACGAUUACGAAGUAUUUCAGAACGUGGUCGUCCAUUAGAAGCUGUACUGAAUGAUUCGACUGAAAAACAAUCGGAUCGAUUAAUUCAACAGUUACAAAUACAAGUUGAUUUAUUACAGACUAGAAAUGCUGAAUUAGAAUCACGCAUUGUAGAUUUAAUGAAUCGAGAAAUUCCAGUUAUACAAUCAUCUAUUGUUUCAGUUCAUAAAGAAUGUCAAACAACGGCCUCAUUCGAAUCUAUACUUGUAAAUAAUUCAAGUCAAACAAAUUCUAUGUAUUCAUCCACAUUUAGCGAAUAUGAUUUAAUUUCAGCUGCCGAGUUCAAAAAGAAAAUGUGCAAUGCAAUUGAAAAGUUUGAAAAUGAUCGGACUAUCUUGACUAAUCAUUUAAAUUCAAUCAUCAUUCAAAAUCGAAAACUUACAAAUGAACUUUCAAGUUAUAUUCGUUCAUCAGUAGUUGGUAAUCGACCAAUUCGUAUCGGUGAACAGAUUAUUAAAUCAAUAGAGAAAUAUCUAAAUGCUAUUGAAGGGAAUCAAAAUCGUUGGCAAUCAGAAAUUGAAAUUGUAGCAUACACUUUAAAGUGUAUAUCUGGUUAUUUUCAAGAAAAAUACUUUGAAACAACCACUAAACAAUUGACAGAUGAUAUAAACCAUCUAACUGAUAACAAAGAUAAGAUGAAACUUGAUUUACAACUUCAACUUCGACGUUCCAAAUCUGCUGAAAUAAACAUAGAUCAGCUUCAAGAUUGUAAAAAUAGUCUAGAGGAUGAAAUGAAGUGUUUACGCCAAGAACGUAAUGAUUUGGUUUCAUUGCUGGAUCAUUUUGAACAACAAAUUCAUAAUAUAAAAGGAAAUGUACGAAUUCUUACUCAUGAACGUGAUUUACUUAUGCACGAAAUAUUAUUACAGUCAGAACAAAUAAAUAAAAUCAGCUGUCAUCAAUUGCCAUCUAAUCAACAUACUAUCGAUUAUUCACAAUCAUCUGUUCAAACUAUGAAUCAAGCAAUAGAUACUGAAUUUGGCGAUGAAACUGUUCAGAACUUACAAAUUAUAACCACAGAAAGAAAUUCACUACGUGAAAGAUUACACAAUUUAAUUAAUGAAAACAAUCAUCUCAUUCAAUGUUUAGAAAAUAUUAAAAAUGAAUUAAAUGAAGUUAAACAAAAUAAAGUUUCACUAGAACAACGUAUUGCAGAACUUAUAAAAUCUAUUGUUGAUAAAGAAAAUGAAUGUGAUAGAUUAAUUGAAAAAGUGAACUGUCUUGAAAAGCAUCAUUCUAACACUGAUCAAGUUUUAUUUAUUAAAAAUAAUUUACAAGCUGUUCAAGCACAGUUAGAAAAAGUUCAGAAAGAUUAUGAGAAAUCUCGCAAUGAAUACACUAGUUUACAUGUUACACUUCGUCAAAUUGAUCAAGAAAAAGAUCAUCUUCAAAUUUGUUUAGAUGAACGUACUGAACGAUGUUUAACUUUAGAACGUCAAUUAAUCACCAAUGAAACAAGUAUAAAAGACUUAAAAAUUAAUAAUGAAACUUUAGAAAAACGAAUAUUACGACUUACACAAUCGGUUAUUGAACGUGAAUCAGAAAAUCGUGAACUUGUUGAACGUUUAUCUAAAUCAGAAUGUGACCUAAAAUCUACUGUUAAAAAUCAUGAAUUAUUAACAAAAGAAUUAGAGAAAACCAAGAAUGAAGUAAAUAUGUUGAUAAGUGAAAAACAGAGGUUACAAAGUGAAUUAAAUGCUUCUUAUGAUAAACAAAGUGAGCUGGAUAGACGUGUGGUUGAUUAUAAUAAGGAACUUACAAAUCUACGUGAUACAUGCACGUUGAAAGAACAAGAAAGAAUAGAUUUAUUAAAAGAAUACAGGACACUUGCACUUCAGUUAGACGAAAAAAUAACUUUAAUUAAUCGUCUUGAGAAUCAACUAAACGAAUUAGACUAUAAAUAUUCUACACUGGAUAAAGAAUCAUUGGAUUUACGUCAGCAGUUACAACAUCAAAAAAAAGAAUGUCAUGACUAUGCUCAAGUUGUACAAUCAUUAGGGGUGCAGUGUGAAUUACUCAAAAGAACUACUUCUGAUUCUGAGAAUAGAAUCAAACGUUUACAAAUAGAAAAUGAAGAAAUUCAUCAUCACUUAACAGAUGCACGAAAUCUAUGUGAUAAUUUAGAACGUCAAAAAAAUUCAUUGCAACAUCAAUAUACUAUCAGUAGUUUUGAAAUGAAUCAAACUAAAGCAAAUUUAGUUGAAACAGAACGAGAAUUAGUGGAACUUCGCAAACAAGUUGAUCGAGAACGUGAAGCUAUGAAAAGCUUUGAGUUUGUUUUAGGAUCAAGUCGUGAAGCUGAACACACAGCCCACCUUGAACUGAAAGAAUGCCAUGCUGAAUUGUCUUCUUUACGUGAACGUUUAGCUACAACAGAAGCAAAACUUUUAGACUCUGAAUCUGAAGCUAAAACAUUACAGAGACAAUUACUAUCACUUCAAGAAACAUCUCAAAAUCAUCGUUCUCCUUCAAUAAAAGUUCAAAAGUUUCUACAUUCAUCAUCAGAUACAUAUGAUCAAAAACAUCUAGAAAGUGAUAUAUUUAAUGGUAGUAUGAGUCCAAACAUUGAUCCACUGCCUAGUCCUAUAUCAUCUAUUGAAUUACCUACUGAUUACUCAACAAAAGGAGCAUUAUCUUCACCGGUUCCAUGCCUAACGUUCACGUCAGAAUUUAACGACACAAGACCUAAUGUCAUAUUAUCCGGUUCACAUCAUCCAUCAGAAUUAACAUCGUCUGAUUCUUCUAUGUGCGGCUCUAUAGCUAAUCACACAGGCAACUAUUUUCAUAAACUGACUGAAAAUGAUCCUGUGAACGAAUUGGUCACUAAUGUAUUCAACCCACUCUCAACCUGUAAAGAUUCUGUUUCUAUGUCCGAUUUUAAUUUUUCUCAAGGUGAUGACAGCGGAAGACCUGUUUCUGAAAACACAGUAUCAAAUGAACCAUAACACAGCUGUAGCUAAAUGAGGAACUUAACUGCUCCCAUGCUAAGAUAUUUAUUCACGUUGUUUGUAACAUUAUAUUUUGUCGAUGAAGUAUUUUUUUUAUUUUCCGGUGAGUACACUCAGCAUAGUGUAUCACAACGCUAUUGUUAAUAAAUUACUUAGUUUAUAUUUUUACACAAUUUAUACAGAAUAUAAACAUCUCACAAAAUGCUGUUAUUUCAUGCAUCCAUAGUUAUGCGGGAUAUCACAGUAGAUACUUCCUAUAGUUUCUGAACAUUUUAUUUGUGAACAACAUUUAGAUCUAACCGCAAUAUAGCAC